GCGCUUCCCCCAGAAGUUAUCAUCAGGUUAGAAGGGAAGUGCGGAUAUGGCUCAGCAGUGGAACAGCAGGAUGGAGGAACGCAGACACCGUUCACAGCCUCCGUCUCGUUGGUCUCAAGGAAGAAAGCGCAGGUCUGAUGGCAAAUUGAGGAAACGAGAUGAUACAGAUUCCACUGUGUUUGAUGAAGAGCGACCUGAAACACCUGAAAAACGAGAUGACAGAUUGAUCUCCCAACCCUCCCUUUCAACCAGUUUUACAACUCCAGAAGGUCACCAGCCAGUGGCAAGAUGCAAAGACUGGGGAUCUGCAGUUGAAGAGGAAAUGCUAAAGCAAACAGUUGACACAGAUAUGGCAAGGUACAAGAGGAAACUUCUGAUCAACGAAUUUGGUGGAAGAGAGAGGCGAUCGUCCUCUGGCAGCUCCGAUUCAAAGGAUUCUUCAACUCAUGGAGAGAUGGAAACAGAUCCUCUUGUUCUCAUGAGACGACAGAAGCAAAUAAACUAUGGAAAGAAUACCAUUGCAUAUGACAAAUAUAUUACUGAAGUACCAAGAAAUCUUCGGGAAAAAGGUAUUCAUCCCAGGACGCCAAAUAAGUUUAAAAAGUACAGCCGUAGAUCAUGGGACCAACAAAUUAAGCUCUGGAAGAUUGCUUUGCAUGCUUGGGAUCCCCCUACUGAAGAAGGCAGUGACCUGCAACCCUGUGCUACAGAGGAAGACGAUGGCCUAGAGACACCAUCCAUUUCCCAAGAUAAGCUUUUCACAGGUACUCCAACCAAGGUCAGAAGGCUGGAAGCGGGUGAUGAUUUUGAUCUGGAUGCUUGUUUGGAUGACAUGAGUGAUGCACACUUCCUCAGUUAACAUGGGUGGAAAAAUCACAGGGAUAGAACAAUGCAACAGCUACAUCUGUAAAGCUUGCAGUUUUAGGUGGACUUGACAAGAUGAAGCUGCUGUGUACCACAUCCAACUGAUUUGCUGUAGAUUGAUGUAUCAGGACUGCAUUUAAAGCUUUUUGGUGCUGGUAACUUAUUGGAUAACUGGCCAUAAAAAACAAGCACUUCAUACUUUAACAUCUGCAUUGUAUCUGAGCCUUAAUUGACUAGAUGACAAAGCAUUGUAUUCCAGAUUCUGGCAUUUCCUUAACUAUCAAGGCUUACUGCUUGGUUUUCAUAGCAAAACUAAUCACCAGAAAUUGAUACACCACUGGAUGGAUUUAUGGCUUCACUGUGGAUUUUUUUUUAUAUAUAUAUACACUCCACGUGAUGGGAAAACUGCUGACCUUGUGCCUCGAGCUAGGAGGAGCACGCUUUCCAUUGUUAUGAAUGGUUAUAUAUUUGUUCCUUAGUGGCAUAUGGAUAUCAGGAUUAAUCUUGGUGAAGUAAGCAUGUGACAGCAGAUUUCAAAGCGGUUUGAUGCCAAGACUAAAUUUUGGUUUUGGACAGAUUGCUCUAAACCCAUGAUAUUUGGAAUGCAUACUAAUCAAGCUUCCCUAUUGGCUUUUAUCCACCAUAUUUCUCUUUACACCAAUGGUUUAAAAGCCUCUAAGAAUCAGCCAAAAUUUUAAACUUUAGGAAACCUUGCCUAUCUGCUUUAUGAAAGUAUUUUAGAGGAAAAAAGUAUAUUGCAUGCCUUCACGGUUGUACAUUUUUCCCACCAGAAGAGCUUUUUUUAGUGGUUUUCUUUUAGUUUUAUUUGCUUAACUUUUACUUUUUUUUUUAUUACAUAUUCUGAAACCUAAUUUAAUAUGGCUUUUUUUGUGUUCACAUUGAUUUCAACAUACGUAAAUUUUACUGCCAAGUGUGUAGCUUGAUAACUGGAGUCAGUGCUAUGGAUAGGCCUUUGAAUUUUUUCCUUACUGGUUUGCCCACUCUAGGGAUUUUAUAGGACAGUAUACCCAAGUGUUCUUUGUCCCUUCCCAGCGUGUUUAAAGUUGCUUUGAGGUUAUGUCUAACAAUACAUUUUUUUUUUAUUCCCCCCCCUAGUUAUUUAUGGUGCAUUUAGUACUCCAGCAAUUGAACUCCCCAUUUCCUUUGAAAUAACCCAUAAUAGGGUAGUUUAAAACACUUAACUAUGUCUAUGAAACCUAGUUAUGAUUCCCAUUGAAGAUUUCCUUUGCUUUGCAGAAUUCUUGAAAUUCUCUAGUAUAAGUACAAAUGAAGAGAGAAAAUAGCACUACAAAAAUCAUAAAGGGACACUGAACCCACAUUUUUUGUGUGAUUCAGAUAGAGCAAGCAAUUUUAAGCAACUUUCUAAUUUACUCGUUUUUUUCUUCAUUCUCUUGAUAUCUAUAUUUGAAAAAGAAGGCAUCUAAGCUUUUUUGUUUCAGUACUCUGGACAGCACUUUUUGAUUGGAUGAAUUUAUCCACCAAUCAGCAUGGACAACCCAGGUUGUUCACCAAAAAUGGGCCAGCAUCUAAACUUACAUUCUUGCAUUUCAAAUAAAGAUACCAAGAGAAUGAAGAAAAUUUGAUAAUUGCUUAAAAUGUCAUGCUCUGUCUGAAUCACAAAAGAGAAAAAUUGGGUUCAGUGUCCCUUAAGCUUGUUUGCAAUAAUGGUAAGGAAACUGAUGGUGUGAGAUGUAAUUCCAGCAAAUAAACGCAGAUGUAGAGGGUUUUAAGUACUAAUCGCCACGCUAGUGUACCUGCUGAUCAGCAUCUUAUGUAGGCUUAGAUCAGUACAGGCAUGUGGUGCUGAUCUUGGUGACUAGUUUAACAAACAUUCUAACUGUAUUGUAUAGUGUGCUGCACGGCCCUGGUAUGCUAUUAAAAGGACUCAUUCUUCUGUCAUUAAUAACAUUUAAACAUGUUGAAUUUUUGCUUGAAAUUUAAAAGCCGUUUAAAUUUUAAUAAACAAAUACCACAGUAUCAUUUUACUUUCUGCUGAUGCUCAUUAGCAUGUUUAACUGGAUUUCUUUCAUAUAGAUAGAAAUGUUGUCUUUUUAAAAUGCUACCUAUGGAUUAAUGGCUGGAAAAGUAUUGUUGCCUACACUCCUAUCAGAAUUUGCUAACAAUAGAUGGAGAAUGUUUGUAAAUAUCAACCUGUGCAACUUGUAGUAUUUAACCAAUCCCAGGAAAUUAACAGGGCUUCUGGUGUUUCUAAAACUUUCCUGCCAGAAAAAGUGGGUUUGUAGUUACUGCUUUUCAAGGUCUUCAAAGUUAUACAGACAAGCAUUAAAGGAACAUAACUGCCCUUUUGAAAUGUAUUUAUUUAAUUGGUACCUCAUUUUUGUUUUGACUGAUUAUCUGUAUCUUUUAAUUGGCUAUAUAAUGCAAUUGGAACUCCAACUUGCUAAAAGGCACAACGUUAAGUUUAGAUGUGUAUUGUUACAAAACCCAUUGUAAAUAUUCUAUAGCAUGAGCUGUCGUAACUUAAUACUGCAAAUAGUAAACAUGACUUUUAAAAUUGUAAUGCUCUUUAUGUAGAAAUAUUGUACAUGUGGUUGCAUAAUUUGAUGUUAGUUACAAAUUUAUCUGUAAUUGACAACUUUGAUAAAUAAAACCUUUGCAGGCUUUGUUCUUGA